CCCCACACGAGCACUGGAAUUCUGGAACCGCCUGUUUCUCUCUUGCCACCGGAGAACUGCUAAAUUCGCUCGACACCGUCGAAGAAGAUGGAGCAAGCGACGUCGAUCUCGUCGUCCUCCCGUGAACCUGAUCUGUGUUCUUACUUUUCAUGUGAUGCUACUGAAGCGCGGGAGCCGGAGGAGACGGGGAUGGAGCAGGUUCUGGCGGAUCUGCAGGCGCUCAAGGGGCUCUACGGCCUGCUUCACAGGGGGCCCCAGCCAAAUGAAAAUUUGAACGAGGCAUCAAGAGAUCUGUUAAUGAAGAUGCUAGACAACGCUACUCAGCAGACUCUCCUAAGACAGGCAAAGUUGCUGUCAGGCCCCCUGAUGUCUCCUGCUCUGGAGAGGAAGCUCUCGAUCCAACCAGGCCGCCGGACAAGCGGCAACGCCGAGCAUCGCCUGAAGCCGAUCGCGUCGCCCAGCCCCAGCGUCUGCGCCAGCCAGAUGUCCCGGAGGCUGAAGCCGCAGGCCUCGGUGAGAAGCCGGGACGCCCGCAGCGUGUACGACGAUCAUCGCCGCCGCGAGAGGGACGGUCGCCUCCUUGCUCGCGUCGACUCCGGCCGCUCGUCAAGAACCGCGAUGCCGCAGCUCCAUCAGAGGACUCCGGAGCAGCGCCUUUCCCGUCUCGCCUCCAACCGUUCGUCCAGGGUCGCCGAGCCACGGCUCCAUCCGAGCACUCGGCCGGAGCAGCACCUUUCCCGCGUCGCCUCCAACCGCUCUUCCAGGGUCGCCGAGCCACGGCUCCGUCCGAGCACUCGGCCGGAGCAGCACCUUUCCCGCGUCGCCUCCAACCGUUCGUCCAGGGUCGCCGAACCACGGCUCCGUCCGAGCACUCGGCCGGAGCAGCACCUUUCCCGCCUCGCCUCCAACCGUUCGUCCAGGGUCGCCGAGCCACGGCUCCGUCCGAGCACUCCGGAGCAGCGCCUUUCCCGCCUCGCCUCCAACCGUUCGUCCAGGGUCGCCGAGCCACGGCGCGGUGUGUCGAGAGGUCGCGCUCCGCGCGCCGACCGUAGCGACAGGCAUAGCAGGCUGCGCGGGAGCUCUGGACGCGGUGAUCGUUCGUCGUCGUCGUCGUCGUCUUCGCCAGAGCGGAGCAGCAGGCGCCGCUCCGUGUCCCGCGCGCCGUCGUCGCAUGGUCGCGCCACGGUGCGAGGAGCGAGAGCGUAUGGCUCCUCGACGCGUCGUUACAGCGGGAGGCAGGACUCUGGGUUGUCCAUGGGCGUGAGGUCACGCCGCGGCUCCGAGCGGGCCGGACGCGGCGCGGCGACGCCGAGGCGGUCGUCGUCGAGCAGCGGCGAGGCGGUCACGAUAAGCAGCCGCUUCAGCCCGACCCGGGAACUCGCAGAGCGCCGCGUACACGAAUCUGAAGACACCGGAGAACGGAGCCUCCGGCGGCGGCAGAGGAAGGAAGGUGCCGUCGGUGGCAGCACUAGCAUGGGCUGGUCAAGCCGUCGGCCGCGGCGAGCGCUGGACCCAAUCACCUCCGGCAGCACGUACAGCAGCAGCUCGUCAGCUGCCGCUAGCCCGUCUCCCUCCGCCAGCCCCACGGCGCCAACAUCAACAUCGGCCCCUUCAGCUUCUUCCUACUCCUCGUCGGCGUCGGCGUCAGCGCCGCGGCGAGGCAGUGCGCUGCCGGAGCACAAAUUCAAGGAGGCGUCGAGCGCGUCAAGAAGUCGCCGGCGCCGGGAACGACAGGAGAGAAGAGAAGGGCGGCUACGAAUGUUCAAGGAGAAGCUGGCGCUGGUGUUCCACCACCGCCACGACCAUCACCACCACCACCACAUCGGCGGCGGGCGCUCCGGCAGCCCCGUGCCCAGGCGCGACCGCCGCAGCAACAACAGCAACUCGCCGUGGAGCUACCUCGGCGGCCUCGGCGGCAUGUUCCACCGCAGCAUUGGCCACGCCGCAAAGAAAACCCACGACGCAAAGAAAAACCACGACGCAAAGGAAAACCACGACGCAAAGAAAAAGACCACGAGCCGGACGGUGGUGAUGGUGCCGGCGCCGGCGAAGAAGCGCGGCGGGGGGCAAGCGCACUCGCUGUUCGGCGCGCUGGUGAAGCACAAGUUGGGAGCGCGGAAGGCACCAGCGCGAGCUCCGACGGCGCGCGCGGGUACCCAGAGCAGGAUGCAGGUCAAUCACUGGUGGCACCUGCUGAGGCAACAGCACGGCCGGGCACAGCGUACCGGCAGGGCACGUCGUCGUUUAGGACAAGGGAAAGCACCGUAGUUUUGUGCGCCUGGGUCUGCAAGCACUCUCGUGCAGCAUGUACUACAAUUUGUGUUCAAAUUGUUUGCUUUGCUUUAGUUGAGAAGUUGACCUGCUGUGCUGUAUGUUCUUACAAUUAAUUUGUUCGUUGCAGUGAGGGUAGACAAUAAAAUUUGAGAAGCCAAA